AUGAAUUGCCUAACCAACGCUGAUAUCCCAGACUGGAUGACAUUGGGACGCACGUACCUGCUCAUAAAGGACUACUCCAAAGGACCCAUUCCAGGCAAUUUCAGACCUAUUACAUGCUUAUCAGCUAUGUGGAAACUGUUCACUGGUCUAAUCUCAGAUUCCAUAUACAACCAUUUAGACCCGCAAAAACUCCUCCCCCCUGAGCAGAAAGGGUGCAAGAAGAAGAGCAGAGGAUGUAACGAACAGUUAAUGAUAGACAAACUCAUUCUGAAGAACUGUAAACGAAGGAAGCGGAACCUGAACAUGACGUUUAUAGACUACAAGAAGGCGUAUGAUAGCGUCCCACACUCCUGGAUUCUGUCUUGUUUGACCAUGUGUGGUAUCUCUUCUUCCAUCAUAGACCUGUUUGAAGCCUCCUUCAAACAAUCGUAUGUUAACCUGAUGCUUGGUAAAGUUUCCUUUGGGAGAAUUUAA